AUGUAUGAUGAGAAGGCAGAUAGCCCAAACGAUGCCGAAGAAGCUGCUAAACCUGCAGAUGUGCCCACACAGAGAAGAAAACGGAUCUCCACCACGCCUAAUCUUGUCAAACCCAGAGCUGGACCUUCAUCUUCUCAGCAUUCUGCAUCAAAACCGCAGAGGAGAGCAUCACAGACUCCUGAUGGCUCAGCUUCACUUCAGGAUUCCUCUCCAUCAGAAAAGAGUAAUGUUGAAAGCCCUUUAAAAUCUCCCAUGCUGCCCGAAAAGAAAACACCUGUGCCACAAGUGCCACAGUUUUCCCCACUAAAAAAAUCAUUGAACAAAGAGCAGACUGUAGCUGUAAGUGCUCAAAAAAAUGAUGAUAGCUUGCAGAAGAACGUACCGUCUCCACUCAAGGAGAGACCAACACAGGAAAGAUCAGGAACACAGGAGGAAAAACUACCUACGAAACCUGCUUCCGUAAAGGAGAACCGAAUGUGCUCUGACCGUGAGAGGAUCCUCAAAGCUCGGAAGUUAAGGGAAAUGCUUAAAGAAGAGCUGAAGAAAGAGCGGAAACAGUUGAAACACAGGCCUCCAAUAAUUGAAGGACGUUCUCCACCAGAUCGUUCUAAAAUGACCAUGAGAGACUUGAUAUACUACCUGCCAGAAAACAAUCCUAUGAAGUCUUCAUUGGCAGAAGAAAAGAGAACAGAAAAAAAUUCAGCACUGAGUCAAAUGAAAGAACAGGAAGAGAGAAGAACUCCUGAUCAUGAAGAAGAUGAUGAAGAGGAAGAAGCAGAGAAUGGGGAGGAGAGUCAGGAUGCUCCACUUCUAGUUCCUCGUGUGAAAGUAGCAGAAGAUGGUUCAAUUAUUCUGGAUGAAGAAAGUUUAACUGUAGAAGUUCUAAGAACAAAAGGUCCAUGUGUUGUAGAAGAAAAUGAUCCCAUCUUUGAGCGUGGCUCCACAACUACGUAUUCCAGCUUCAGGAAAAGCUUUUACACAAAGCCAUGGUCAAAUAAAGAGACAGACAUGUUCUUUUUAGCUAUCAGCAUGGUAGGAACAGAUUUCUCCUUGAUUGGACGGCUGUUUCCUCACAGAGCUAGAGCAGAAAUUAAGAACAAGUUCAAACGAGAAGAAAAAGCUAAUGGAUGGAGGAUAGACAAAGCUUUCAAAGAAAAGCGGCCUUUUGAUUUUGAAUUCUUUGCCCAGCUGCUUGAGAAGGUCUUAGCAGAUGAGGAAAAGAGGAAGCAAAAAACUGCUAAAAGCCAUAAGCCAAAGGAAAAGAAGCCACCAAGGCCUCGAAAGAAGCCAAAAGAGUCAGUGUCAGCAAAAAAGAAGAAAAAGAAGAAGAGAAAAGAUGACCCUGAGCAGGAAGUGGAGAAUCUUCAAGAAGAAAUGGAUGUACCUUCCAAAAUUGCCAAAGAAGGGAAAUCUUCUAAGAAAACAGAAAAAAAAGUGGUAUGCAAUGCCAGCAAUGAUGAUCAUACUGCCUGUGGAGAAGAGCUGGGUAGUGUCACUGAAGGAAAGCAGGAUGAGACUGCUGUUACAGAGAAAGAGAGACCAGAGUCCUGUUUACCAGUGGAUGAUGUGCUGGAGAGAGAAAGUGAUGUCAAUUUAUGCAGCUUUGAAGAUAGCAAUGAUGUUAUAUUAGAAAUGGAAUCUGCUAAACUGAGAACCACGGAUAUUAGAGAUGAUACAUCACGAGAAAGUCACAUUUCAGAGUUACCAGUUUCAAAGAUUAGAAGUAAAGAAGGACAGUGUGAAGAAACUAAAGAAACAAAG